AUGUCAAUCCCACCGUUAUACACCAGUUCAGCUACAGAUUAUAGAUCCGAUACUUUCACAAUCCCAACCCCUGACUUCUGGGAUCUAGCAAAAGAAGCAUCAUUGGGUGACACUAUUAAUCUAGAAGAUACUGACACGUGUUUACUCGAAGCCCAGAUAUCCAAGGAGAUUCUUGGUGGUAAAUUAUUCAAUGGUGAGUUAUCUCGAGGUUUGUUCUGUAUGUCUACAACAAUGGCAAAUCAACUCGCUAUUCGUUCGCAUUUGAACUUUGCUCCUCCAUAUUCUGUGUUAUGUGAUAAAAGAGCACACGUAUAUGUAGAUGAAUGUGCCGGAAUUGCUGUGCUUUCACAAGCUCUUGUUAUUCCUGCGAUAGCAACCAACGAUCACCAUUUGACAUUGGAGGAUAUCAAAGCUAAUUAUGUUCCUGAUAUUGGCGAUAUUCAUCUGGCACCCACCCGGUUAAUAUGUUUGGAAAACACGUUGCAUGGAAUGCGUUUUCCAUUAGAGGAAUUAGAACGAAUUAGUGAAUGGGCACACUCUCAAAAUAUUAAAAUUCAUAUGGAUGGUGCACGUUUAUGGAAUGCAGCCGCAGUUGACGAAAACUUAACUUCAGAGAGAAAUUAUAUGCAGAGAGUCGCUUCACUCGUUGAUUCCGUUUCCAUUUGCUUAUCUAAAUCAAUUGGUGCCCCAAUAGGUUCUGUGUUGGUCGGAUCGAUCGAAUUCAUUAAAAAAGCUAGACAUAUUCAGAAACAACAAGGCGGGGGGAUCAGGCAAGCGGGGUUCAUUACCACGAUUGCUAGUUACUGUAUUAAAAAGAAUUUCCCUGAAAAUAUCAUGCUAGUCAACCAGAUUACCGAAAGUUUCUGGAAUGAUUUAUCUAAUACGUUGAAACAAGAAUACAACUUUGAACUAGUUUUGUUACAUCCGGUGGAAACAAACUUCAUCUUCAUUGAUUUACCAAAGUCGAAAAUCUCAUGUGAUGUUUUAUUGAAGUUUGGAGAAAAGAACAGUGUUCGUUUAUGGGACGGUAGAUUGGCUUUCCACUACCAAAAUAUAUCGGAAAACAGUUUGAAUAAAUUAAAACAAGUUUUUGUCGAUAUUGCAAUGUAUUACAAGGAGCAUGAGUUCACUGUGGAAGAAAGAAGUGCCAGGAUAUACUAA